CCUGGCUCCUUUGUCACGACACCCCUCCGGCCUCAACUCACCGUCUGCUUCGAUAAGUCGUUUUGGCCGCGAUGAGGUUUCCCAAGAUCCAACCUGCAGCCGUGGUGGCAACCCUGGUCGUCAUCGCAUCCGCCAUUGUCCCUCCACGACAACCACACCAGCCCCAGGGUAAAGGUACGCGCCUCCUGACGUUCAAUGACACCGUCCUGUCACCCCAGUUUAGUGCCUCGUCGCGCUCUGUUACAUGGUUUUCCGGCGGGGAAGAUGGCACCUUCAUCUCGCGGACGGACAAUGGCUCCUUCGUCCUGGAGAACAUUGUCACCGGUGAGAGCAGCACCUUCGUCGCUGCCGACCAGGUGCCUGAAGGUUCCGUCGACUACUGGAUCCGCCCGGACUUGAAGAAAGUCAUGUUCGCGACGAACCAUACCAAGCAGUACCGCCACUCGUACUUCGCCAAUUACCAGAUCCUGGAUGUUGCGUCAGGGGCCCUCUCUCCGCUUGUGGAGGACCAGGCUGGUGACAUCCAGUAUGCCGAGUUUGCACCACGAGGAGGCGCCGUUGCAUUUGUUCGCGGUAAUAACGUUUUCCUACGCUCUUGCGGCAAUGUCACCCAGAUCACGCAUGACGGCAGCGCCGACUUGUUCCACGCCGUGCCGGAUUGGGUGUAUGAAGAAGAAAUAUUCGGCGACCGAAAGACACUGUGGUUCUCGCCUGACGGGCAGUACAUCGCAUUCCUCAGCUUCAAUGAGACCGGUGUCGAGACGUUCACCGUGCCCUACUUCAUGGAUGGCCAAGCGGUCGCACCGUCUUACCCCCGUGAGCUAGAGCUCCGUUACCCCAAGGUCGGCACGACGAACCCACGGGUGUCCUUGUCCCUUCUGAAUGUCCGCUCUUUGGAGACCAGCACGAUCCCUGUUGACGCCUUUGCGGAGGACGAUCUCAUCAUCGGCGAGGUGGCUUGGGUCACUGCCAACCACACCAGUCUCAUUUAUCGGGCAUUUAACCGGGUCCAAGACAAGGAGAAGCUGGUGCGCGUGGACAUCGCCGAGGGCUUUACAUCGACGCUCGUGCGUCAGCGGGAUGGUUCGGACGGGUGGCUGGACAACAACAUCGCCAUUGCCUACGUCGGGGCGAUCAACGGCUCGGAAUGGUACCUGGAUCUAUCGGACGAGUCUGGCUGGAACCAUCUAUACCUCUAUCCAGUGGGUGGCGGUGAUGCCGUUGCCCUCACCAGUGGUCAGUGGGAGGUCGCGGGAUACGUGAAGAUCGACACCAAGAGACAGCUUAUUUACUAUCUGUCCAGGGAGCAUCACAGUACUGAACGUCACUUGUACUCCGUCUCAUACACGACAGCUGAGAAGACCGCGUUGGUGGACGAUACCGUCGCUGGAUACUGGUCGGCCUCUUUCUCGGCUGGCGGAGGCUACUAUAUUCUCAGCUACUCGGGGCCAGAUGUGCCAUACCAGGAAUUGUAUUCGGUAAACUCCACUGAACCCAUCCGAACUAUUACGAGCAACGAGGCUCUCUGGAACAAACUGCAGGAGUACAAGCUCCCGAAGAUCUCCUACUUCGAGCUGGAGCACCCCGAUGGAUUCAGCCUUAACGUGAUGGAGCGUCUUCCCGCCGAUUUCGACCCGGCGAAGAAAUAUCCCGUGCUAUUCACACCUUACGGUGGCCCCGGCGCACAAGAGGUGUCCAAGAGUUAUCAGAGCUUGACCUGGACUGCGUAUAUCACGUCCGACCCCGAGCUCGAAUAUGUAACUUACACCGUCGACAAUCGUGGAACCGGAGGCAAGGGCAGAGCCUUUCGAGCAACGGUUGCCAAACACCUCGGUCGACUGGAACCGCUGGACCAAAUAUGGGCGGCUGAGCAGCUGCUCCAGCGAAACGCGUUCCUGGACUCAGCCCACGUCGGCAUGUUCGGCUGGUCGUAUGGCGGCUUCCUCACGGCGAAGACCUUGGAGGCGAACUCGGGGGUCUUCACGACGGGUCUGAUCGUCGCGCCAGUGAGCGACUGGCGCUUCUACGACAGCAUGUACACGGAGAGGUACAUGAAAACGGAUGCCCUCAACCCGGACGGCUACGCCGAAACGGCGGUGCGAAACGCGACCGGGUUCCGGAAUGCCGCUGGCGGAUUCACCAUCCUGCACGGCACCGGCGACGACAACGUGCACUACCAGAACACGGCGGCGCUGGUGGAUCUCCUGGUCGGGGCCGGUGUGCCGCCACAGAAGCUGAACUGGCUGGCCUUCACGGAUAGCGACCACGGUAUCUCUUAUAACGGUGCCAACCGAUUCUUGUACAAGUACUUGACAGAAGCGCUAUUCAUUGAGAAGAACAGGGAACCGGAGCAGCUUACGCACCAGUGGUCUAAGAAGGGAGCUGUGGGGGUCCGGUCGGAGGCAUAAUUACAACCAUCCGCGGAGAUAUCCUUAGGAAGGAGAGGAAGCCAGUCUUACUACCCCAUAGCGUCGUAGAAUGCGCAACCUGCUCGUAAGCUUAGGCAGAGCAACAUAUGAAGACCGUCUUUGGCUGUUCAAUAUCAUCCGUUAAAAUCUCUCUGCAUAUG